ACACUAGUAAUCUGCAAGAACUCAGAUCAAUUUCCCUUAUACUGAAGAUAUAUAAAAUCAAGAACCAGAUCUUUUGUCUCUGUAUACCUUGUUGUUAAAAUCUGAAAAUGUCUAAAGGAUGUCCAAGUUGUCUCAACAUCAUAUGUUUGAGGAAGAAGCAGAGGAAGGAGCAGAGUAAGAAACAACAGAAACCUGGGAAAACAGAGGAUGUGGUUGAGCCAGUAGGAGUAAGAGAUGAUGAAGAACAAAGCCUGGAAAAGAAGACGAACAUCACGGGAACAAUGGGAUAUUUUCGACCUGAAUAUAUGUCUAGUUAUGACAAUUUUUAUGGAAAACUUGGGGAAGGUGAUUCUUCUUCAUCCUUGAAAAAUGAUUUCAACAAAGUGAAGACCUUUGAUUUACGAGGAGUGGCAAAAACAGAGAAGAAGUAAGGAAGAAGAUGGGACUUGAGAAUCGAGAUGUAAUGUUCAUCAUGUUUAAAAUCUUCACGAGCUCUAGAUUGCUUUCUUACUCAAUAUUAUAAUCUUGUAUUGAGAAACUGGCCUCUACUUUAACCAACCGAUUACAUGUAUGCUACCAAUUAAAAUAUGUUUCUAAGAUUAAGAAUAAAAAGUGUUUAGAAUGCA